AUGGCGGAACCGACGACUACCGACCUCGCGGCCCUCAUCAACAAGCUGACCACGACCAUCGAGACCUUGCAAGCAAAGAUCGAGACGAUGGAACAACGCACUUCCGACUCCUCAUCCUCGGGUCCCAGAGGGCCACACCCCGGCGAUCACCACAAUGAUCGGCCGCCAAGAUUCCAGAAGAUGGAUUUUCCCCGCUACGACGGCAAAUCCGACCCCCUCAUCUUUGUCAACCACUGCGAGUCAUACUUCUGGCGGCAGCGCAUCGCCGAGGAGGAGAAGGUAUGGAUGGCAUCUUACAAUUUGGAGGAGGGCGCCCAAUUGUGGUAUAUCCAGGUGCAACAGGAUGAGGGCACUCCGCCAUGGCGCCGCUUCACCGAGCUCCUCCACCUGCGGUUCGGUCCCCCUACACGCUCCAACCCAUUGGGCGAGCUCAUGGCGUGCAAGCGGACCGGCUCCGUCGUCGACUACCAGGAUCGUUUCCAGGCCCUGCUGCCACGCACAGGCACGCUCUCCGAAGUCCAGAGCGUCCAGAUCUUCACAGCGGGUCUUCAGCCGCCGCUCUCCCUCGAUGUGGAGAUCCACAAUCCCCAGACUCUCGCCCUCGCCAUGAGUCUGGCCCGCAAGCUGGAGCUGUGCGAGCAAUGCGCGGCGGCGGCCACGCCGACUCCUGCUCCACCCAGGGUGGCAUCGCGCGGCAUCCUGCCGACCCCGCCCGUGCGGCUGGCUCUGCCUCCGACAUCGACGGCUCCACCGCCAACGCCUGCACCGAGCGCCCCGGUCACCGUUGAAGGGCGCCCCGUCAAGCGUCUCUCCCAGUCCGAGAUGGAAGAACGCCGCCGCUUGGGCCUCUGCUUCAACUGCAACGAGAAGUUUGGCAUAGGCCACAACCGGGUCUGCCAACACAUCUUCUUGGUGGACCUGGCUGAAGCCGCCGCCACCGCCGAUGACGACACGGGCGCGGGUGCAGAUGCCACCGAACCUCUGAUCUCGCUGCACGCCAUCGCCAGUGUCCCCACGAGUGAGAUGAUGCAGGUGGCAAACCAGCUGGGUACCACAACGCUCGUGGUGCUCCUCGACUCCGGAUCGACACACAACUUCAUCUCGGAGGAAGUUGCCCAGGGAUGCGACCUGCAGCUAGAACGCGGGGGCGGGCUCAAGGUGACAGUAGCCAACGGCGAGCGGGUCCCAUGUCUCGGGGUUUUCUGCGACAUGCCCUUCUCCGUCGACGGCGAACACUUCUUGGCGAACCUCUUCGCCCUGCCGUUGGCUGGGUACGACGUGGUGCUUGGCACCCAGUGGCUGGCCACGCUAGGGCCAAUCCUUUGGGACUUCGGCGCCCUCACGAUGUCGUUCUGGCAUCGUGAUCACCGUGUGCUCUGUCACGGCGUUGCGGGCGCGCCCACGCCGUCUUUCCGAGCCUGCCGCGCCGACAACCUCCUGGACGCCCUCCUCGCCGACUUCGCACCAGUCUUCGCCGAGCCCCAGGGCCUACCGCCGGCCCGCGCCUGUGACCACCACAUCACGCUGGUCCAAGGCGUACAGCCCGUCGCGGUCCGGCUAUAUCGGUACCCCGUCUCCCACAAGGAUGAAUUGGAGCGGCAGUGCACCGCCAUGCUCGCCCAGGGACUGAUCCGUCGCAGCUCAUCGGCGUUCUCCUCGCCGGUGCUUCUCGUCAAGAAGCCGGAUGGAUCAUGGCGGUUCUGCGUUGACUACAGGGCACUAAAUGCCAUCACGGUAAAGGACGCCUUCGCCAUUCCAGUGGUGACUGAGCUGAUCGAUGAACUCUGA